GGAGAUUCCUAUUAUACGCGUAGUUUUCAAGAUUAUGAAAUUUUGUGGAACCGAACCAAGGGCUAAACGUUCAUGGUCUGGAAUAAUACGGUGUUGGUUCAAUAUUCUAUGUACCCUUGGAAUGAUAUAUCUUGCCGCUUUGGUGUUUGUCUUAGAGAAGGAUUUAACAUUUGUAAAAGUAACAGGUGCUAUAGACACUAUAGUUUUAAUGAGCCACUGUGCCCUAAAGAUGGUUAGCAUCUAUUUACAACAGCCUAUAAUGUUUGAACUACUGGAAAGGAAAAGGCUUCAUUUUUGGGAUAUUGAAAACUCCAGUUCUAAAGAGAAGAAAGAAUAUCGUAAAAAAGUAUUAGGAUAUGCCCAGUUCGUGAUUUUAUUUUUUACAGUCGCCUCAAUAAUUGCAUGUUCCUCCUUUGGACUUCAACCGCUAUAUUUAAGAAAAAAAGUACUGGGAGUCAGUACAUAUAUACCACAAAGUAUUUCAUUUUAUGUACUAGCUAUAUAUGAGUCCUAUGCUUUAUUUGUCGUAUGUUUCGGAAUUAUACCUUUUGAUAUAUCCGUGGUUUACAUGCUGUGUCUCAUUUCAGUUCAAUGGAAGAGUUUAAAUAUCGAAAUAAAAAAUAUUUUAGAUAGUAACAUUGAUACACUAGAAGAUCAACAAUUAUUUAAAGCAAAAGCUAUAAGGUGUGUAGAGCACCAUAAUUUUUUAAAAAGAUAUAUUGAAGAUUAUAAUAAGUCGUUAUCUCUGGGAUUACUAGCAUACAUAUUGGUAUUUGUUAUAUCAAAUUGUCUUAAUGCGUUUAUUAUUUCAUCAGGACCAGAAUUACGGGAACUAGUAAGAAGGAGUCUUUAUCAGUGUAAUUUGUCAAAUCAGUUUAUACUCUUAUAUGCCAUACCUGCCCAAUUUUUGUCUACAGAGACACAAAUAUCAGAAGAAAUUGUUUUUGACACGAAAUGGUACAACACUGCUUGUAAAGAUAAAAAGUUAUUUAUUUGGAUGAUCAGUUCAGUAGCUAAAAGAGAAGUAGCGUUAAAAGCUGGAAAAAUUUUGACUGUAAAUUACGAAUUUACUUUCAAGAUGUAUCGAUCCAUUAUUUCGUACUACAUGUUUUUGAGGACAAUGGGAAGCAAUCAUUAGAAGUUACAGAUAUUCGAUAUAAAUGGCGAUUCUUUUUGGACUUUGACACAACCUAGUAGUAGAAAAAAUUGCACCUGUUAUUUAUAGUGUGUUUUAGAUAAUCGUAUAAAAAAUGAUGUAUACUUCACGUAUUAUUAAACUGUAGGUAUUUGAAUAUCGCA